AUGCGUAUUAUUGUUUUGUUGGCCCUUUGCUUUGCGGCUGCCGCGGCGGUCCCCUCUGACCCUCAAAGGAUUGUUGGUGGGUCUCUCGUGACUAUAGACCGUUAUCCCACAAUUGCUGCCAUCUUAAUUACACAUGAUUGGGUUAAUUUCAUGCACAAUUGUGGUGGUACCAUCAUAAAUAAUCGAUCCAUUCUCACCGCUGCCCAUUGUACAAUUGGCCAUGCUGCUAGCAGAUUUAGACUUCGUCUAGGCUCGUCAUUCCGUAGCAGCGGUGGUGCCGUUCACAACGUUAACCAGAACAUCAUCCAUGGUUCAUAUAAUACAUGGACUUACGAUAAUGAUAUCGCUAUCCUACGCUCCGCCUCCUCCUUCACUUUUAACAACAAUGUCCGCGCUGCCUCCAUCGCUGGUGCCAACUACUGGCCCGGAGACAACCAAGCUGUUUGGGCUGCAGGAUGGGGUGACACUUUCUUCGGUUCUGGCGCUGGCUCCGAGCAGCUUCGCCAUGUCCAGCUUGUGGUCAUCAACCAGAACACUUGCAGAAACAACUACGCUGGCGUUGGUUUUACUGUCAACGAUAACAUGUUGUGCUCUGGCUGGCCCUCUGGUGGCCGUGACCAGUGCCAACGAGACUCUGGUGGUCCUCUCUACCACAAUGGUAUCGUUGUUGGUGUCUGCUCUUUCGGUAAUGGAUGCGGACAAGCCAAUUUCCCUGGCGUCAACGCUCGUGUAUCCCGUUACACCUCUUGGAUAUCAUCAAACGCAUAA